AUGGGUAAACCAAGACGAUGCUCCACUGCAUUUUUUGACGAGGAAAGACGCUCACUGAAGGAAAAACGGGACAAAAUCAGGACUCUUCAAGCAACACGAUCUGUCCAGCUGGAAUACCUGCGCGAUCUUCCGGACGACAUGCACGUUCCCAUGCCACUUAUAAUCGGAACAAGAAUUAAUGCAAGGUUUGGGCCGAAAUGUGUUUUAGUUUAUAAUCCUACAAAGUGAUUUUUAAUGGUGUGAGUAGACUGAUUCAAUUAAUCAAACUUCCUUCUUCGGAACGACUAACACCCGUUGGUUAUAGUGCAGCACUUGACAUCUAAGCAAACAUGAUUAGAUCCAUCUAGAUAAAUUACCUUUGGCGGUGUUUUACUGCCGGACCCGUCAACCACUCUUGAUUUUUUUUCACUCAGGAGCGUGCUCACCUUGUGGCUUUCAAUCCGUUACAGUUUAGGGACCACUGCGAACCAUGUUAUCAGCAGCUGUUCUCAUACAGGUUAUUAUGUACUGGUUUUUAACUAGCACUAGAAUCGAACCACAUACAGUCUUAUCAUGAAAAUUUCAGGGGGUGGAUCCUAAUGAAUGUUUGGUUGUUCGCCAUCCCAGUGAUAAAGUUUCUGGUACGUGUAAGAAAGAACCUUUGCUAGGUGUUCAAUCCGUAUUUAGUUUUCACAUAAGAAAUCUUGUAACCGUAUUGCACAAUUGUACAGGCGAGCGCAGAUCAAAGCCAUUGCUGUCUAACGAUUUGGAAAUAAAUAGAAGGACUGACACUUGACCAAGCCUGCUUUUUGGAAAAGGGCAUGUGCAUUCGGUAUCGGGGCCACCAUGCAAGACCUUGCGUACGCACUAUGUUCUUCACGGCUUGUUGCCGCCAGAAGUGCUGGUCCAAGUUUGCACUCCUGGCCAGUAUGUUUGUUGCAUCCUGCUAGCUUUUAAAGGGAAAGUAGCUGGCGCGGGGGAGAGUGCAACGUUGAGCCUUAGGCGCAGCCGACUGGCCGAAUGCCGUAGUUGCAUGUGACUACGCGAUGUAUUCGACAGUUCCCAAUCAGAAGACGUCAUUCUGUAUGCCACUGCUCUUAGGGGCCGUCUGGACUAUAUAUGAUAUCGAGCUGGUCAGAUCAGGCCACUGUUGUAUUCAGGAUGGUCACAAACGCGCGAGUGAGAGCGCGAACAAAAUAAGAUGAAGGAAUCGGAACGAAUGAGUACCCUGGAAUUGGUCGUUAUUUAUCUUACAAUUAACGCAUUGGAACUAAAAUAUGGAAUAGAACAGUAGUAAUUAGGACGGGAUACCGUCGGUUACACGACAGCCGCCUGUGGAGGCGCUAGUUUGCUGUCGUGGAACAUGCGUUCAUCUAAGGUACUCUGUAUACGCACAGUGUACGCCCUAGCUGACCACUUCUGCACCUCACGCCAGCAUACAGAGAACUACGCAGUCACGUUAGACCUCUGGCACUGCCUAUCGCUCGCUCUCUCGCUGCUGUCAUUCAUGAUGAUGGAAUUUCCCACGAGUUUGAAAGCCGGUAAAAAUACACAUGUGGUUUCGGUGCGCGAUCAGCCUUAUCCUUCAUUGCCCGCACGUAUACCCGGAACACGAUCGCUUACCCUCAUUCGGCAGGGAUUAUCUUGAUGGAAUCGACGGGUGUUGCUUGACGUGUUUAUUUUGCAAAUUGCGCUAAAGCGAAGUUUACCAUACGUUGCUUUCUCGUACGACGUGUGUCGUGAUCCCGGCAAGUCACAUGCUGAUGUCUUUGGGUAAUAGUCCCCUCUUGUCUGGAUAUCCUACUGCUAUAGAUAUUUUUUAUUUUCACAGUCCUCAUUUUCAUCGUGACUUGAGGAUUAUUACAUGGACAACGGUGCUAGACUUCUUGUCAUUAAUAUAGCCUACUAAGCCAAUCCCACCAGCUAGUGUAAGAUCUCUCCCCACCGUCGUAGUUUUGUGCGAUUGGCCUUACUAGACCGACAAAAGCUCACUUUAUCCCAGUCACCUGUAAGCAUGUUAUGACUCGGUGCCGAAACUACUGCGCCCGCCUUCCUCCCGUCAAGCUCCUUCUACUUGUGCAAAUUCGUGCCCAAGUUACUUUAAUCUGAUUUAUCUUUAAUAAAGUAAUUUGGUCCUUGUGACUGGGAACCACUUUUAUUUAGUGAUAUAAUCUAUUCAAAUGCUAAGGCAACUAUUCAAUGACUCAGACUUUGACCCGGUGUAUCUUGUCCACUUUUGCUACAGCACACCGUUGGCGUAUUUCUCUGUAGUCAGACUAAUUGAUCCAGGACCGACAUCACACCGUCCCUCCUGAUAGUCUUCCACCGGCGCAGCCGAUCAGAUGUCAGCAUGAAACGCCUUUAAUAGUUUAUUCAUCCACGGCCUGAAGACUUUAUCUCAGUUUGUCUCGUCAUCUACUCCUAGUCAGUGAAAUCUUAUGGAUUAAAACCUGCUGAUGAGAGUCGGUGGACGCAUCUUGACUAUUUUGAGGACAGACAGGCGUCCUUUUCCAGCUUCAAGUGCUCGUGCAUGUCAUUGUUGUGUUUGCCGUUGUUGCCACCCUCCCUCUUCGCAUUACUCAGAAGGACUCGGUCUGGAAACCUUCUCUCAACGUCACUUUUCACUUUUGUUUUUCAGAGGACUCCCUUAGUUUGUCUGUCCAUGUGAUUAGCAAACUUGUGUUGAACGCAUUAGUCCUAAAACUCGCCUGUUAGUUGCGUAGUGUCGGCAAACAAUGUAUCUUAAGCUCGUUGCCCAUUAUGACCUGUGGAAUACGAACCGACUGCCAGCUACAAUGCUUUUUAUCUUUCCAGAGUACGCUAUCCCACUGAUGGACUUUAUCCGGGCAAGGUCGACGCGAUCGACUCCCUCCGGCAUUGUUAUCGUGUCACCUUUGACAAGCCUGCUCUUGGCACGCGCUCAAUUCCAGACUACGAGGUGCUCAGCAUCUGUCCACAAGAGACAAUUCCACUGUCUGCCUACAAGACUCAGCACAAGGCCAGUCGCAACCUCUUUAUGAGUCCCGCACGGCUGUUGGCCCAGUCCGCGCUGCAGGUUAGUUAGCGGGUGCGAGUUUGGGGGGACGGGUCUGUAAAGCCGUUCGUCAGAGCCCACCGUUCAUGCUACUGUGCCUUCUAUAUUACACCAGGGCAAACGACACAUGCAUCACCACAAGCUUGCCCACGCUGUCGGUGGAGCCUCGGGUGACUUUGGCGUGCAUGACUGUCCUCUCUGUCAGUCCCUCGAGGGCCAGUCGAUCUCGGGGGGUAGUAUGGGUGGCAGCUCCUCUGUGCUCUCCACUCCCCUGAAGACACCCUCAAUUAACGAAAUGACUGGGGGUAUUGGUGCAGCCGCCCUCUCUUUGAACGAUCCCUCCAGCAACGGUGGCCGCCUCCUUCUAAACGAGUCGGACAUUUACGGUGGUUACCCAAUGAAGUUUCUCGUCAUGGUGGUAUGUGGAUUCUCUCCCCCCCUCCUGUUUACUUCCUUUUUCUUGCAUUAGCUCUCCUAGCAAUCCUACAUGACACAUUUCUGUCCUUUCACUUUCAGACAAAGUUAUCAAAGAUUUUGGAGGUGAAGAAACGGUGUGUAGACGAACUGCAGGAUCUCAACUCCGAGGCUGAACGCAGGGUAAUUGUCAUUCUGUGUUCUCUGUCAACUCUCACCGUUUAGAUUUCUAACCAGUCGGAUAUCACCAUGGAGUUCCAGCACAACUACCUCACAGUGAUUGUGCACUUGGAACGUUUGAACAAAGAACUGAACCAGUAUCUCGUUCAUGUGCUUCAGUAUGCCAACGAGGUAGGAUUCUUUGCCUUGCCACUGAAACUCCCAUGCGUAGAUUGCUCAGGAACAUGGCGUGUCGCCGUUAGAGCAGCCUUGUGACUUCAAGCAGCGCUGCGAUGAGGAUGCCUACGACAUCGUCAAUCGCGUGAAGAGCAUCCAGGUGCAGCGACUGCGCAAUACGAAGAACAUGGAUCUGAUCACGAAGUUGACCGGUCUGUUGGUACAGAUUCGAUCUCUGAGCGAGCAGGAGGGUAAGACACCGGACUGCUCGAGUGUUCAGGAUUCACUGCGCGAUCUGAAGGCCACGCUUCAUUCUAGCAAUAUCCAGUAAGUGGGUGACUCACUCUCUCUCCCCGCUAUUGCCUACUAGGCCUUCACGCACCACUCCCUUCCCUGACUUACUAUACGUUCGAAGUCGUCAUCAUCAUCUGUUAACAUGUGGCCAUCAACUUCUGAACUCGAUCACAAAGUAAAUCCUUUCGUACGUGCUUCGGCACGCCAAGUCGGCCGACAUGUAGUAGGGAGUCAACAGUGAUGUUAGUCAGACAAAUAGGAGCCCCAAAUUAAACUUUUUGUGCGGUGCGUAAUUCUAUCCUAUGAAAGACAUGUUUUAAGUAGAAUUUCAGUGCGUAUAAUUACGGUGCACAAUUUAAAGUCUGCGUGCCACCUGAUCAUCUAAACAAUCUAUACUUUCCGUGGCAUGUCGUUAUCAGCGUGUAGGGUUUCCUAGAAAUAGCCGGCAAGAAUGUUCAUUGUUGAGGUCAUUUCUUGGGUACUUGUAUCUUCAAAUUUAGUGUUCAGAUCUGUGCACUGCAGUACACGCCGAAACUUGCGAAAUACUGACCAAACUUAAAGGAGACACGACCGCUGGGACAAGAGCUUUGUUAGCCUGACGUUUCGGAUUCCUGCUCGAACCCAUCAUCAGAGACAAAAGCAGAUACGGGUGGUUCAUGCACAAGGGGCUGCAGCAGGAAUCCGAAACGCCAGGCUAAUAAAGCUCUUGUCCCAGCGAUCGUGUCUCCUUCGAGACUACUUCCUGGGACUCGUCUCUCCGCUUCUAUUGGCACUGACCGAACUGCCUAAUCGCACUUCCAAAUAGAGUUGGUUAACUUGGUUUUCGGUUCUUCCAGCAGAACCACUGUGCCUCGUAUGGCCAAAAUGUGUCCUAUUUGACUCACAACUUCCGUUAGCGUUGGAUUGAUUUGGACGACUGAUGAAGUUCUCGGCGCAAAAAUAGGACAUACUACUGACAAUAGUUACUAUGACGUCGUCUUCUACGGAUAUCAGCUUUUGAACCUCACCCUGCUUAUCUGCACAUUUACUUUUGUCAGUCAAUGUUCGAUGAGCUUCGGCACUAACCCCAAAACUUCCCAUCUAAACGCUGUUUUCCUUACCGCUCUCUCACCCGUCUUCCACCAGUUAUUGUCAACAGCUGCUGUCCAAGCCCAGAUGGCCUGCCAUAGUUUUCAUAAGUUGUAGCCACUAUCUACGCGAGCCAUGUGCAUCUCCCAACACUGAGCCUUAAACUAAGUCAGAGUGGUUGACAACUUCAGCUGACAGGGGUUACGUGAUCAUUGGGCGGAAAAACAGCUCUGCAUAGCGUCUUUUACAGCGCCCGGUUUUUUCGGUGCGGCCCCACCGGCGGUCCCGCUAUUUUGUCGAAGUUUACACUAGAUAAUUAGCGUUCUCAGUUCUGCGAAAAUUCCCAUAUUACGAUUGAAGAGUCAGUUGGCGAACAUAUGUUUUCGAUAACUCAUCAUCAGGCCGAUACAUUUACAUGGGUAGCGAUCAUUCUAAUUGCAGACAUGGUAUAAAUGCGUCUCAGGGGCCGAAUUCAUCGGACUCCAUGUUCCCACGCCGCCCGCAUGACGGAGCCAGCGUGUUAAGGACGGUAGAGUUGGGGUGGGAGGGGGGAGGAGAGGGGUUCCGGUUAGAUUGUAAGCGCUGUGAGUGCGUGUGACUGCUCUCAGGGCGUCGGGACGGCGUGCGAUCACCGCCUGGAGUCGGUCAGAGCAGACAAACUGCUUGUGUCAGCGUCUUCUGACAACAGAGUGCUGGGUUCGCUAGUCCAGUGGCCACUGCUUCGGCUGUGGCUAGCACCCGUUUGCGCAGGCCUUUAGAGUAGUGUGCCGGUACCCGGUAGAUAACUUUAAAGGCUUCUUUAGCGUCGGCUUGGUGACUCUUUUCGAUUAGAUGUGCGAGGAUUGAACUCGAAAUUGAUCGAUUUUCACCUCAACCUCAGCCAGGCAGGCAUUUGUUCGCGUAUUCUCUUUUCCAGACGCCUCGUACGACCAAUAUAUCCCGCUCCACAGGAGCAAGUGAAUGAAUAAAUACACAUGGAUGUGGCCUGUAACGGCAGCCAGUCUUUGCUCCUCAACCGUAGUUGGCGGAAGUUUGCGAAGAAUACGCGCAAGUUCGCCGCGGGAAAGGCACUCGCGAGAGCUGUCCCAAGACGUCGACUCAUUAAUCCGCUUGCUGCGUCUCCUAGAAAGGGCAGUCUUGGAAAUAAGUAUUUCUUCUCUGCAGUUGCACCGUCAGGCUUUGUGGCAAGCUCUAGUAUUCCGGAGGAUGAAUCGCUCUGGAUAGCGUUUUCCACACGUGUCUGGAGUCCACGCCUUGUCGGGAUUGUGAUUAUGACAUUUUGGUGCUGUGCCUCUUCUACCCUGCUCCCUUUCUUGCACCCUUACAGGACCUUUGAGAACAUUCUGGAGGUCAAGAUACAGCACGCAAUGUGCGGAUUGAAUACCCUGGGAGAUCUGCACUCCUUCCUGUACAUGCACCCCAACCACAUGCAGUACGUCUAG